AUUCCGAAGCCCAACUAAAAAGCCCACCGGCGAAUUAACUGCAUGCUUGCUUGAAUCUCAACGGUAGGGUUUAUGCUUCUCCCCGGAAUCUGAACGACGGCAGGCGAUCUACAUUCCACCUCCAAACUCAUUAACCAUGGACGCACAGAGCUCUCAUUGUCUCACUGUACUUUCUGACUGAACAUUCACGAUUUACCGAAUAAUUUGAAGAUGAGAAAUCUGCGAAUUUUUUCUCCUCAGUUCUCGAGGAUUCGGAGAACCUUCAUUCAAUACCCUUGCUCUGAUUCUCCGUCCAUUCGAUAUUUAAAUUUUCUUGGAUCGGGGAGUUUUGCGUCUUCAUCAUCGCUGAAUCAUCGGAAUUUCACAACUGCUUCACUGGAAUCAAGACCAGCCCAUUCGGAGAGAGUUUCGGGCAUUGUGGAUGAGAUCUCCGGUCUCACGCUACUCGAUGUUGCGGACCUCACGGAGGUGCUACGAGGCAAAUUGGAUGUAAAGGAUAUGCCGGUAAUGGCGGUGAUGAUGCCUGGGAUGGGAUUUGGUGGCUUGCAAGGUGUUGGUAAGGGUGGUCUUGGAGCGAAAGGCGGUGAGGAGAAAAAGACGGAGAAGACAGCGUUCGAUGUGAAGCUUGAAGCGUUUGAUGCUGCGUCGAAGAUAAAGGUGAUUAAGGAAGUACGAACGUUUACGAAUUUGGGGUUGAAGGAGGCUAAAGAUUUGGUGGAGAAAGCGCCUAUGCUCCUGAAGAAGGGAGUGACAAAGGAGGAAGCUGAUACGAUUAUUGCCAAGAUGAAGGAGGUUGGCGCCAAAGUCUCAGUGGAGUGAGAAUGCUGCAGAAAAUGCAAAGCUUUUAUCACACUUUUCAAGUCAGAGCAACAGUUGAGGAUAUAGCAAUGUGUCUUGAAGUUCGUUUGGAUGGAUGAGGGCAUGGAUUUAUUUGGUUUGGUUCAAAAAUAUAAAGAGCAUUCUUUAUUAGAACUUUCCAUAUUCUUGCCUCGACCCGAAAUUAUAUUUGUUGAUAGAUGUUUCUUGGUACUUGGCUUUUGUAUUCGUAGGUUCCAAAUAACUUAGAACACCACUCAUUGAAGAUCAGUCUUGUCGGAAGAACAAAUCACCUGCUUCAUUUUCCA